UAACCUGCAAUUUUUCUGUUUGUUUAUCUAAAAACAGUAAAAACUUGUUUGUAUUUGUAUUUUCACCCUUACGCAUAAUUUUAUAGCAUUAUCUCUUCAGUAUUUUUCUAAUUAAAGUCGUCUAUGGCAUUAGCAUGGUAGACCCUAACACCGAGACUGACCCUACAUCUGCGAAAAGGAAAAGAUCUCCUAAUUUUACCGACAGAGAAACAAAAGUUUUGAUGAAAUUCGUCUUCGAUCAUAUAGACAUGGUAGAAAACAAAAAGACAGAUUCUGAAACCUGGAAAGUGAAAAACAUCGUCUGGAAUAAUAUUACUCAAAACUUUAAUUCCGUUGAAGGUAAUAUUAAGAGAACUGCUGAUAGAUUGAGGCAAAAAUAUGAAAGCAUUAAGAAAAUAGUUAGAAGAAAAGCAAUUAAAAAUAAACAAGAGGAGAAAAAACUAUUUCCAGACUUUAUUGAUAUGGAGGAUUAUGAAAAACAACUCCUUAAGUUUCUUGAGGCGAAUGGAAGUAAUACUAAUGGAACAACAGAAUAUGAUAUUUUAGAAACAUCACAAGAACCAUUAAAUAAUAACAUAAAGACGGAGUCUUCUGCUUCGAACACUCAGAACACCAUUGAAAUUGAAGAGUUUACUUUGGAAGAUGACAGGUUUGUAAUAACCGACGAGGAUGUUUUGUGGGAUUUACCCAAUGAUAUGGCGAACAGGCCUCGUUUGAAUCUAGUUAAGAAUCAAAUAGAUAGAUUAGACAAAGAUGAGAAAAGAGCACUAGCCGAGCACAAAUAUAGAAUGAGGAAUAUGCAAUUGAAAAGGCGAAUUUUGAUCAACCAAGAAAGGAGAGCAAAAGCUGAACACCAGAGGAAAAUGGUUUUAUUAGAACUAGAGAUAAUGUUGAAGAGAAGAGAGGCAGGGUUAGAAGAUGCAGAAUAAAGACUUUUUUAUGUGAUUUUUUUGUUGACAAUUGUUUGUGAUGUUUUUAUUUUUUAGAUUCUUAAAAUUAAAAAUAGUUAAAAUAUACCAAACAAUAGUUCUUAAAUAUUGCCUAACUAUUUAAAAAUACAUUAUACAUUCUUUG